AUGGUAGUUUGGAAUAAUUGUGCCCCUCCUAAAGUCAAAUUUUUCGGGUGGUUGACUUGGCAAGGCAAGGUGAAAACCUCUAGCUUCUUACGGAGAAUCGGGAUAUUAGCUGCAUUUGCCAAUGUGGGCUGUGUCUUCUGUCAAAAUGAGAAAGAACCUGUUAAUCAUAUCUUGCUCUCCUGUCCAUUUGUUUGGCUGCUAUGGUCGAAAAUUAUGAAAUGGUGGGGUUUUCAGCGGGUUAUGCCAAACUUAGUGGAAGGGUUGCUACAAUGGUGGUCAUUUUACAAAAUGAAAAAGACUGAGAAGCUGCUAUGGAUGGUUGUGCCUUUGGCUGUUUUGUGGUCCACAUGGAAGCAUAGAAAUGAUUGUGUUUUUAAUGGUUCCCAGCCAAACUUUGAGGAACUAUGUGAGGUUGUCAAAGCUCGAAUUGCUUUGUGGGCCCAAUCUUUCCUAACUAAAUUGGAGUUCUCUAUCAAUGAUAUAGUCUUCAAUUUGCCUCAGGCUGCUGUUGGUGUGUUGGCUGCUGCUAGGUGUUUGGUUAUUGGCUGCCUAGCUAUGGGCUUAUUUGUUGUGCAGCUGAUGGGCCUAAUUGUUGUGCAACAAAAAUGUUUGGGGCAUAAUCUGGUUAUGCAGCAGCAACCUGUUGUUGCUUGA